ACUCUUCGGGUCUCUUCUAUUUCAAAAUUUCCUCCAGUGCGAGAUUACUGUCCAUUACUCAAGGCUGACUUUGAAGCUUUUUUACCAAGCUUUUCAGCCAUUAAGGAUGGAUCUUACCCACGUUCUCGAAGCAACUGUUUCAUCAGAUCUAAACGAACUUCAGAAUGCACAGAAGUACCUGGAACAAGCUGCUCUUAAUAAUCUGCCUCAGUUUCUAGUUGCUUUGGUCAAUGAAUUGUCGGAUGGCRGGAAGUCGCAAGUUGCUCGUAUGGCGGCUGGUUUACAGCUAAAGAACCAGCUCACCUCGAAAGAUCUUAACAUCAGAGCACAGGUUCAACAACGGUGGCUUUCGCUGGAUGCAAAUGUCAGAGAUCAUAUUAGAACUCGGGCUGUGGCUACUCUUGGAACAGAAACAGCUAGACCAGCCAUUGCUCCACAAUGUAUUGCAGCUAUUGCCUGUGCAGAAAUCCCCAAUGGACAGAAUUUAGAUUUGAUGGAAAAACUUGUGCACAAUGUUACAAAUUCUUCUAAAGACAUGGAAGCCCUACGAGAGCAAACAUUAGAAGCAAUUGGCUACAUUUGCCAGGAUAUUGAACCUGAACAUCUUGUCACCCAGGCAAAUAUUAUACUGACAGCCAUCAUUCAAGGCAUGCAGAAAGAUGAACCAAGUAUUCACAUUCGAUUAGCUGCAACAAGAGCCCUUUUGAAUUCUUUGGAAUUUACUAAGCAGAAUUUUGAGCAACUGACUGAAAGGAAUUAUAUAAUGGAAGUAGUCUGUGAUGCAACCCAAAGCACUGAAACAACAAUCAAAGUUGCAGCACUACAGUGCCUUGUAAAGAUCAUGUCACUUUACUAUCAACAUAUGGAAGAAUACAUGAGAGUUGCUCUUUUUGCUAUCACGAUAGAGGCUAUAAAAUCUGAUGUUGAUGAAAUCAGUCUACAAGGAAUUGAAUUUUGGUCUACAGUCUGUGAUGAAGAAAUGGAUUUAGCUAUUGAAUUGGCUGAGGCUGAAGAACAGCAUAGAACCCCAGAACAGGCAAGUAGGUUCUAUGCAAAGGGAGCCUUGAUGCACCUCAUCAAACCACUGACCAACUGUUUGACAAAGCAGGAAGAAUUUGAUGAUGAAGAUGACUGGAUUCCUUCAAAAGCUGCUGGCGUAUGUUUAAUGUUGUUAGCUCAGUGCUGUGAGAAUAUGGUAGUACAACCAAUGCUGGAGUUUGUACAUAAUAACUUCCAAAGCACCAACUGGAAAGAAAGGGAUGCAGCUAUCAUGGCCUUUGGUACUAUUCUAGAAGGUCCAGAUAUUAAAACACUAGAACCAUAUGUAGCUGAUGCAUUGCCAGUUAUUGCUCAACGUUUGGCUGAUGAUAGUGUAGUAGUUAGGGACUCAGCAGCAUGGGUUAUUGGCCGUGUUUGUGAACUUAUGCCCCAUUUAGUGAUUAGUGAGAAAUUCUUGGUCAUGGUCGUUACUACACUAACCCAGAGUCUAUCUGCUGAGCCCAGAGUUGCUGCUAAUGUGUGCUGGGCCUUCAAUUCCCUGAGUGAAGCGGCAUAUGAAGCAGCCAGUGAUACACAAACUGAUGAAGAACCACAAACAUACUGCUUAUCACAGUUCUUCCCAACAAUUGUAGAACAACUAUUGGAAGUGACUGUAAGGCCAGAUGCAAAUCAGUCUAAUCUAAGAAGUGCAGCAUACGAGGCUGUCAUGGAAAUGAUCAAGAACAGUGCAAAGGAUUGCUAUGGAGUUGUACAGAAGACUACACUGACCAUCAUGCAAAGGCUACAGCAAGUUCUGCACCUUGAGAGACAAGUUCAGUCUGCUGAGAGAAGUCAGUACAAUGAUCUCCAGUCACUACUUUGUGCUACACUGCAGAGUGUGCUGAGAAAGAUUAAUCCACAGGAUGYCCAACAGAUAGCUGAUCCAAUCAUGAAUGCUUUGUUACAAAUGUUUGAUGCAUCUUCCAAGGGCAGCAUCUGUGGUGUACAGGAGGAUGCUCUCAUGGCUGUCGGUACCUUGGUAGAAGUUGUUGGUGUUGAUUUCAUAAAGUACAUGGAUCCUUUUCUUCCUUAUCUUGAACUAAGUUUAAAGAAUGUUGCAGAAUAUCAGGUGUGCAUUGCUGCUGUAGGGCUGGUGGGGGAUAUAGCUAGAGGACUUGGAGUCAAUAUUGCACAGUAUUGUGACUCCUUUAUGCAGAUCCUACUUCUUCAUCUUGCAGAUGAGAAUGUGCACAGAUCAGUCAAGCCACAUAUCCUAUCAGUGUUUGGUGAUAUUGCCCUGGCUGUUGGUCAUUACUUUAAAAAAUACUUGGAUGCUGUAAUCAGUGCGCUAACGCUGGCCUCACAGUUUAAUGUGGAAAAGCCUGAUUAUGACAUGUUGGAUUACAUAAACGAACUACGCGAGGCUUGUCUGGAAGCCUAUACUGGAAUCAUACAAGGUCUAAAAGGAGACAAUGAAAAGGCUGUUGAUCCUGAAGUCCUGGUUAUGAAGCCUCAUAUUCCCCACAUCGUUUGGUUUCUGGAGCAAGUCGCCGAAGAUCCUGAUCAUUCUGAAGGGACAGUCACCUGCAGUAGUGGACUUAUUGGGGAUAUCUGCGAAGCAUUUGGUGGUGAGGUGUACCCAAUGUUCGAUAAGCAAAGCAUCAGUGAUUUACUUCAAGAAGGCCGACGAUCCAAGAAUCACAAGACUAAACAAGUUUCUACCUGGGCGUCUAGGAAACUACGCGCUCUUAAGCAACUGUAGAUGGUAUAGACGUAACACGACGACAACGACUGUGAGAGAGCGUGAGCGUGCGCGCGAAUGCGAGAGUGCGUGAGACAGGCGGUUGAUCGCCCAGAGGCCCAUCCAACUUGCACAGAUUCCACAGAUAUAAAUAUCAAUCUUUAUAGUGGAACAAGAGUCGAGCCUGGAAUCACCUCCAAUGAACAAAUAGAGUACAGUGGAAACGUGUGGAGAGAAAAUUUACAAGACAUUUCACCCUUUUGGUGACUAAUUCUGAACUAUUUCGAGACACCAACCAAAACCAUAUCCAAUGAAUUUGGACUUGUGCCAAAUUUGAGGCGUGGCAAGAGAGAAGAGAUCUUCUUUUGGACAAAAUUUCUUUAAUAAAUAGACAGCCAUUCUAAUUGAUUGUACGUAAAUGAGUGCUGGAAUAAGCCACAAAAAUUAUUCCAAUUAUGCCUAAAUAGAAGGGGGAAAGAAUUUUAGAUAUUUGUAUUGUAUUAGGCUGAUUGAAAUGACUUUUGAAAUAGCAUGGGGUUUGUAUGGCUAUCUACGGUAUUGCUGCGUUUUCUAACAAUGAGCGGAAUUGUAAAAUAGAAGUACGUGUGGACUGGAUUUGUCUUCUAUAGUAGUUAUAGUAAUGAUGGUGUUAGUAAACCGUGUAUUGCCUUUA